AUGGUUCGCGUAAAUAAAAGACUAUGUGAGAAUAUCAACGCUCUGAAACAAAAGCUAGACUCUUUGGAACGGGAGUUGGAGCAAGAGCUGAGAACUCUCAGAAAAUGUGAGAAUCUAGUGAAACGAGAGUCUGACAACAUGGUAGUAACCAAAAAACAACGUAUGCAGCUGCAUACGGAAGACCGGAUAAAGGGGUCGAAAAGAAGAUUACAAGAUAGUUGUGAUCGUGAAUUUGGACGCAAAAAACGGGUAAUAGAAAAAUACAAUCUUAGAACACAGACGACAAACACUAUUGCCAAUACUGGGACUUGA